AGAAACAAAAUCCCCGGUUGGACCCGACGGCCUCCCUCUGCCUUCCGUAUGGAUGCGGCUAAGGAUCCCAAUUUGUCUGGCGUUGACUGAUAGACAUCAUCGAAAUUCGAGGGAGGAGAGAGAAAUUGCGCCCAUAAUCACCGCGACAUUGUUGUCCGAAGAAUGGCGACGCUUCUCCUUCGAGGCAAGUGUCCCGGCGUGACGGCGCUGGUUCUGCCGCGCGUUGGUCUCUGUCUCUCCCUAUUCUUGUGCUGCGGCGGUGCUGCGGCGGUCGCUCCCCACCGCGACCAGUUUCAAAACCCCAUUGCUGCUCACUGUCUCACCAGCUCGACUCCGUCGCCAUCCCACCGAAUUUUAGCUGCCCUGACGUCCUUGGACAUGAAAGUUCGGAUUCCUAUUGAUACCUUUUGCUUAAAGGAGAGUAAGAUAAGUCAAUGUCCUCAACAGAACAGUGAAGCUUCAUCGCUUAGGCAUGCAUUUAAAAUAUUGGAUGCAGAUUUCUUCACCGACAAUAAGAUUCUGGAGGUCGCAAAGGGUGCAGAAGAGUUCAAUAUUCCCAUAAUCAGGGCCAACAGAAAAUCUGUGGCUUCUGUUGAUGGAGGUUUGCAGAAUCCCUCUUGUUUGGUUUUUGAUCCCAACUGGGGAUCUGAACAGCCGGAUGGCAUAAAUAGGAGAUUCACACAUCCUGUGCCAUCUGGUAUACAAAGACCAGGAAGCAACGAAGAUAUUGCCUUCAUGAGUGUUCUUGAACUUGGGGAACUUAUUAGGACAAGACAAAUUACUUCUGAGGAGCUUACUCGACUUUUCCUUGAGAGAUUGAGAAGGUAUAAUGGCAUUCUUGAAGCUGUGGUGUCUUACACUGAAGAAUUAGCAUAUGCACAAGCAAAAAGGGCUGAUGAGUUGCUUGCUCAGGGAGUAGAUCUGGGUCCUCUCCACGGGAUUCCUUAUGGUUUGAAGGACAUAAUCGCUGUACCUGAAUACCACACCACUUGGGGUUCAACGAGUUUUAAGGAUCAGGUUCUUGACAUCGAUGCAUGGGUCUAUCAGAGGUUGAGGUCAGCUGGGGCGGUUCUAGUUGCAAAGCUUGUCUCUGGCUCUCUGGCAUAUGAUGAUAUUUGGUUUGGCGGAAGGACAAGAAACCCAUGGAACAUUGAAGAGUUUUCAACUGGCUCAUCAGCCGGGCCUGCUGCUUGCACUUCAGCAGGUAUGGUCCCUUUUGCUAUUGGUUCUGAGACAGCUGGAUCCAUUACCUAUCCAGCUGCCCGUUGUGGUGUGACAGCAUUACGCCCAACAUUUGGUGCAGUUGGACGAACUGGUGUCAUGAGCAUAUCUGAAAGCUUGGUAACUUCUUAUUGUCAUCCUGGAUUGUUCCUACGUGAGGUUGACAAUGAUGACAUAUCUAAUUCAUGGCAGGAUAAGCUUGGUCCAUUCUGUCGGAGUGCAGCAGACUGCACUAUUAUUCUUGAUGCUAUUAGAGGAAGGGAUCCAGAUGAUCCCUCAUCCAGAGACAUUCCCCUUGAUAAUCCAUUCACAGUAGACAUUACAAAGCUUACUGUUGGAUACCUCGAUGAUGCUGAGAUGGAGGUCGUUCAAGUUCUUUCCUCAAAGGGAGUUACUAUGGUUCCCUUCAGAUUAAAUUACACUGUUGAUUCUGUUCAAGGCAUCUUGAACUUCACAAUGGAUGUGGAUAUGUUGGCUCACUUUGAUGAGUGGCAACGUUUGGGAAAGGAUGAUCAAUACGAAGCUCAAGAACAAUGGCCUGUUGAACUGCGCCGUGCACGUGUGGUUCCCGCUGUGGACUAUGUGCAGGCACAAAGAGCUAGAGGAAAGUUGAUUAGAGAAGUAAGAGAAAGCUUCAAUGUUGAUGCUUUCAUUGGAAAUGCAACGGACUGGGAGAAAGUUUGUCUGGGAAAUCUGGUGGGAGUGCCUGUAAUUGUUGUUCCAACCGGGUAUGCUAACAUAUCUGCUUCACCUCCUAGUGGCACGAGACGACGAACGACCGUCACAACUGGCAUAUAUGCUCCUCCUCAAAAGGAUCACAUUGCUUUAGCACUGGCAAUAGCUUAUCAGUCAGUCACUGAUCAUCACAAGCAGCGACCACCUAUAAACGAUACGGGACCAAAUGAUUGGACUCCGAAUGCACAAUCAAAAAAAUACCCUCCAAGGCAGCUGCUUCUGUGAGUUUUUCAUGCCUGUGAAUUGAACAUUGGUGUACAUAUCCCUGUCGUGACCAUGGAGAAAUGAGUACUUUCUCAGCAAUUGCAAUAAGAAAACUGUUGGUGUCUCCUAUGGGAUAUGAUUGUCUGGUUAAUUUUU